GAAGAUGUAUAACUGACUAAUGCGCGGAGAGUCAAACAGGUGGUCGACAGCUGCAAUUUUGGACAACUUUGUGAGUGAACUCAACAAACUGUGCCACUAACCUUGGAUAAGUAGGGUACUAAGAUGCCCAAAAGCGAUACCUGGCCAGGUGGCAUUGGAUUGGAGACCAUGACUGGCAUGGACAGUGCUGGCAGCUAUGACAGCGUUGUCAGUGCCAAUUCUGUCUUUAGCGAUGAUAGUCUGGAGCACCUGUCUGCUGAAGAGAAAGCCUGUCUCAUGUUUUUGGAGGAGACUAUUGAGUCUUUGGAUACUGAGGAGGACAGUGGACUGUCCAAUGACGAGCCUGACCUACUGCCCAGCCCUGGCAACCUUGCUACCAAACUGGCUGACCUGUCAGCCUCCAUGAGCAAAAGCAAGCUGAACAAUUCACAGAAACCUGCCUCUAAAGAGCCAAUCAAGGAAAAUGCUGACACUAAGCCCAUGCAGAGCUACCUGGUUCCUACACCUCUUGUUAUGGCGAGCAGCACUAUGUGUUCUGUACCCAGUACUAAACCAGGCAUUCCUCCAGACAAAAACCUCUACUCCAAGCCUCAGUUCACUCCUUCAAGCAGCAAACCUGGUCACAAACACAACCAGAAACCUGUCACUCCCCCUGUACCUUUGGAGGUUAAUGUUGUGAUACCUCCUCCCACCAAACCGAGAGAUAACUCACUUAGGGCAGCUGAGAGUCCUUUACCUAGAGGACCUCUGUCCUACGAGGCACUUGUUCAUCUGCGAAGGAGUGCCUCCACAAAGAAGACCCCUUUGUGUCCCACAGUUGAUCAUACUAUAGACUUGGACAAGCGCCUUCCUUCUUCAAUGGAAGGUCCAAACCUUGGAAACCUGCCAAGAUCUGAGAGAUCUCACUCUGAGUCUUCCAAGUCUAAGACAAGUCCUCCAGUUGUGGCCCCUAAACUCAAAAAGAUUCCUGCCAACACAUCUGUGAAACCACCAAACGAAGCUUUGAUAACCUCAGACUCUUCAUACAGUGUCAAGCAUGCGACAGAUCCCCAGGUGGUGAGACUGACAGCUUUGCAGAAGCUUGGGCUCCUGAACGACCAACAGCCAGAAAAUAGGAUAGUAGCCCCCCUAUCUCCCCCUAAAUCUCACUCCUUUUUGGACCCAACACCUAAGAGAUAUACAAAAGGUCCAUCUAACGGUAAUCCAUCAAGAAGCCCAUCGUUUUGUUACUCUCAAGUGCCCACAGAGCCUAAGAACAAGCUGCUGCAGAGCAGUGCCAGUUUCCAUAACUACUCAAGACGUGACCAACAGUCUGUAUCUGCAUCACAUCCUGUCCAAUCCAAUGGAUUGAAGGCAGCUGGUUUGGAGCGCUCUGCUACCGUGAACAGCUACAGGAAUGGUGGAAACUGUCCUGAACUGGGACAUAUGACAGCAGCCGAGCCAGUGAAAACCACCACUACAGCUCAGCCUGCCUCCCACAAACCUUCAAACGCAGUUGCAUAUACUGUGAUGGUGGUGCCUGGGAUGGGAGCUGAUCGAAAAGAAGCGCUCAGAAAGCUUGGACUGCUCAAAGACUGAAAACUGGUAAACAACAGAAGUCUGCCUGCUUAAAUGCAGUGCUUAGAGAGAGUUCAAGAGUACCAUCAGAUUAAAGAGAGUUACAGCAUUAAGCGGGAACUUGGCACUUGACACUUUGGCAAAUUUAAGCAUGAGGAUGAAGAAGAACAACUUAAAAGGAAAUAACAGCACUUUUAAUCUAGGUCAUGCUAUUUUACUUACUUGAGGGCAGUUUUUCCCCAACUAUUGUACUGUAGGUCUGAAGAGUAUCUGGAAUGGAAAUCUCUUAUUGUGUUUACUGUAACAAAUUUCAGUUAGGCGCAACAGGACACCAAAUCAGCCUAAGACUGCAUAUGGAAAAAGUAAGCAGUAUAAACAUCACUAUAGUCCUUCACCCUUAAAUCUCCAAAUCAGAUGCGGCAUUGGUUUUCUGAAUGUUUAAAAUACAGUUUUGCAUAUACUAGUAUGUAUACUCACUUUUGGGGCUAUAAGAAAUUAUUUGUCCUAAUUCAGAUGUAGGAAAUUACGUUGCAGUAAGCCUUGGUGUGCACAAAAAAAUCCUACUUUAGAAUAGUGGUGACACACUGAAAGCAAGCCACAGUGUGGUUUUCUAUGAAUCUUGUUCCUUCCUCAUUACAUAACAGUACAUAACACGCUGUUCCACUCUACUUGUACCUAAAGGAAACAUUAACCCCAAUCAAGAGAAUUUUAACGUUACUGAUUGUUUUGCAAUUCACAGAUGUGCCUAUAAGUGGAUCCUUGAGAACAUUACUUGGAGCAAAGCUGCAAAAAAAAGUUUAUGCAGCUGAUCAUUAUUAUAAAACAAAACUCUGAAAAUGUUUUGGGGUGAUUUUUCAGUCUUUUCUAAACUAUAGUAGCUAUCAGAAUUACAUGAUUAUUAAGAUCUGAUGUACCAGUAGCUCACAGAUUUGUUUCUACUAUGAUUUUAAACUGUAUAUGUUGUUUAGAUGGUCUCAAAACAUGUAUGACAAGGUGGGUUCAUGUGACUGCCUUCAUGGUUUAAAUACUGGAGAUGUUCAUGAGUGAAAAAAAAUGACAAUGUGAUUAUUUCUACCAGCUCUUUACCAUUUCCAUAAAGUCAUCACUGAAAAUAAAAAAAAUUAUUGAAAUCUUUAUCAUGACAUCUAAGCACAGUAUUACAGCAGCCAUCUGUUUCUGCGCAAGUGAGAAAAUACAGUAAAUUUUUGAGUUGUGAAGCCUAGUUUUUGAAACUGUUGCCACGCCUUGUGGACUGUUUCACUUUGACAUGUAAUUAAGUUGAGCUCUAAAUGGUUUGCCCUUUCAGACUGAGCGGUUGAACAACAGUCACAAAGAGGCAAAAACCCUUUUAAGUCAAAUCGCAUCCCUGUAAACCUGCAAGUGACUUUACCUCUCAGCUUCACCCAGCUCUCCACUUACAGAAUGACUAUCAGUCAAACUACUCAUCUUACAGGCCACUCGGGCGAUGAGAAAGCCUGCUCAGCUGUUCUUCCAUUAUCCGAUUAUCCUGAGCCCCACCUCCAUGUGAACUUAGCAAACCGGUGCUUUCCUUUCUUUGUCCUCUUGAUAUCCCUUGCAUGGAAGACUUCUAAUUCCUCGUACUGACUUAUUUGAAUGGCUAGGCGAUUCUUAUGUAACAGUACCGAAGCCUCAAUGGAAUUAGUGUGUGGUUGACUAUUGC